ACACAUGUGUAAUAUAAACAGAUAAUCUAUUUAAUUAAAACAUAUAAGUUUGUUCAUACAUCAAAAUCUAAGGUGUUUGUAAUCUGAUUUUAGGAAAUAAUGGAUCAGGAUGUGCAAGAUAGAGCGUUGCCGAUUGCAAAUGUGGGUCGAAUCAUGAAGCAAAUUCUUCCCCCCAGUGCAAAGAUCUCUAAAGAAGGGAAACAACUAAUGCAAGAGUGUGUGACAGAGUUCAUAAGUUUCGUGACUGGUGAGGCAUCUGACAAGUGUCACAAGGAGAAUCGCAAGACCGUUAAUGGGGAUGACAUCUGUUGGGCUCUAAGUUCCUUAGGGUUUGACAACUAUGCUGAGGCCAUUGGAAGGUACUUGCAUAUAUACAGGCAAGGUGAAAGGGAGAAAAUCAAUCACACCAAAAAGUAUGAAAACCCUCAGAACCAAACUCAAAUCAACCGUGCUCCACCACCACCACUACUUCUGUCUAGGGUUGAAAACCCUCCUCCUACAAAUCAAUCUGGAUGAAAGUAUAGUUUAUGUGUCUUUCCGAUGAAGAUUGAACAAGUUGAUGACAAGAAGAACGAACACUUCUAAUUUUGUUGGAUGUUGUGAGGUAAUUUUGCAACUAUACAUCUUGUCAAAUAAGCGGACUUCCCCUUCUAUCUUCUUUAAGUAGUGUAUCACUAAUGUAUUGAGCGGCUUCUGCAAUGUUGUAUAUUAUAAGGGCUUUAAGAGUAGUAGCUCUUAAUUUUCUACGAGAAUCAUUAAUAAAAAUGAUCCGGUUCAUCUGAGCAUAUCUAUAGAAGAUAAGUUAAACUGGGCAAGGCUGGUUUGCUGAAGGUAAUUACUUUGAAACGAAAUCCUGGGCUAAUUAUUUUUUUCCAUGAGGUUAUUGUGAAGAUUAUGGAACCGCAGAUUUCUUUUGUGAUCCUUACCAAAACAUGAUUUUCGUGUUCAAGACUAAAGUGGAAAUUUUAGUAAGAUAUAUAGGGUUUGUGAAUUUAGUUUCCAGCUAGAUCUAGCUUAUUAGUUACCACUUAACAUUUUCAUUCAUUUAAUUAGAAAUGGAUGUUCUUGACAAGAGAUCUUAUACACAAGGACUAGUAACUGAAUUCAACAAACCAAUAAUGGAAUCUAGUAACAGUGGUAACUGACAGCUAACAUAUGUAAUCCAAAUCUUGCAAAGUAUUGAAUUAGAUUGAAAGGACAAGUCAAUUCAUAAA